AUGUUAAGCAAUGGUCGUAAAUAUAUUAUACCAUGUCAAAGUCGAUUUUCUUGUAAAUCCAUAAACGAAAUUGCCACAGAAGAAUACAAGACAAUAUCAAGCACGAUUAAAAAAAGCCUUGAUUCUAAUCAAAUGUCCACUAAAGAUGAUCGAGCAAUACGGGCAUUUUCAGAAUUAGAACAAAUGAUUCAUCAGUUAUAUACAAAACCAUUAUCACCAAAAUUAUAUCGACGUGCUCGACGUGAAAACAAAAAUGUUAAACGUCUCCAGAAAUUAUUACAUCGUCAUCCUGAUGUUAUUGUACGUCGAGUUGACAAAGGUGAAGGAUUUUACUUUGGUAAUAAGUCUACACUAGCAAGUAAAACAGAAGAAUAUAUGGAUCAAACGGAAGCUUAUGAACAAGUCAUCGAUGGUCAAUGUCCACUAGCCGAUAUUUUACAUACAACAAUAGCUGUACUUGAUUAUCUUCUUAAGAAAAAAGCUAUUACUAAAGAUAAACGUGAUAAACUUCUACCUAAUGUCAAUAAACUUGAACUCGCUUAUUUGUAUACAAUACCUAAAGUACAUAAGCCUGAAUUAUCAAUAAGACCCAUUAUUUCGGCUUUACAUGCACCAGUUACCUUUGUAUCAAAGUUUUUGAAUGAUUUACUAGCGCCCAUUUAUUUACAAGUUGCUCGUGAAACCACAUUUAUUAAUAGUAUUGAUGCUAGCCGAAGACUAGAAAAAUAUGCUGCCAAUGGUUACCUCAAACCUACGACAAAGUUUUUCACUGGUGAUGUUGAAAAUCUUUAUUCAAUGAUACCAAGAAAAGGUGGUAUUAACACAUUAAUACGAUUCUUAGAAAGACACGCUAAAAAUCGAAGAAUUGGGCCAUUUACUAUAGAUAUGAUAUUGAAAAUGGCUCGACUAAUUUUAGAUACAAAUUACUUUGCUUAUGAAAAUAAAUAUUAUCACCAAACAAGGGGUGGAGCAAUGGGUUCUGCAUUUACUCAAGUCUAUGCCAAUAUAUAUAUGCUUGAAUGGGAACACAAAUUAAUUGAAUAUCAAUCUUCAAAAAACGAAAUAUACGGAAGAUAUAUCGACGAUAUAUUUAUGACUGUCAAUGAACCCUACAAAGAUAUACUAUUUGAACUUGAAAAAUUACAAAACGAAGAUCCCAAUAUUAAAAUUAAUUCAACUCUCAAUGAUACAGUUCAUUUUCUCGAUAUUACUAUCAACAACAAAGAAGGUCAAUUAAACAUAUUUAUUUACCACAAGCCAUCAGCCGAUCCUUACUACUUACCAUACACGUCGGAUCAUCCACAUCGCAUUCAUCGAAACAUACCAUAUACUGCAUUAUUACGUGCCGCACGACUUUGUACCAAUCUUAAUGAUUUUCAUCUAGAACGAUUACGUAUCGAAGUUGCCUUGUUAUUGAACAACUAUCCACCAAAAUUCAUCUUAAAUCAAUUUCUUCGGUUCUUUCAGGUCCACAAAGGUGAUACUUUAAUUGCACGUUUUGAUACAAAAGUAUAUGAUCAAUUACAUCUCAAAUUACUACAUCAAAAAUCAAAACGUGAACUUCAAUUACAACAACCUCUAAAAGAUAUUGUCCUAUUUCCACCAGUAUUGGAACAAAAGAUGUGGAAUUCAAGCAUCAUCUAUCUACGGCAUAAAUUCGAAAGUGGACCCAUAUCGACCUUCUCUACAUUAUUAACGAGAUGGUGGAAAAAAAAUUAUCAACAUCCGGGAUCUGAAGCCAAUCAUCUUCGAUUUCGAUAUAUUCCAAAAUCGAACCGAACUCUACAAAACUACCUUAUUCGGAAAAAGCCACCAUCACAAAUACUCACCAUGCCUCAGACAAAACAAAAUUAA